AUGUUCGCUUGCCCAAAUAAUCUGAUUGCGAAAGUUGCUGCUGGACAGCUAUGCAAGGCUUUCGGGGUGCGACUUGUCACGAACCCUCAAGUUGUGCAAUUAGCUAGAAAUGCUAGCGCCGAUAGUCUCUUUAUAGACCUCGAGCAUUCUACCCUUUCACUCAACGAUGCGAGCACUUUAUGCAUCACAGGCCUGAACACGGGCAUUACACCAUUCGUCCGAGUACCACAUCAGUGCGGCAAUGGCUUUAUACAGAAGGUUCUUGACGGAGGCGCUAUGGGUGUAAUCUUUCCCCAUGUUACGAAUGCCAAGGAAGCAAAGGAUGCGGUAUCUAUCUCCAAAUACCCACCUCAAGGGUGUCGAUCUAUGACUGGGCAAUUGCCAGUCAUAUCCCUCAAAACGUUCCCUCAAACCCAGGUGAUCAGCGAAACGAAUUCUUCGGCAUCAACCGUGUUUGUCAUGAUCGAAAACGCAGCUGCAGUCGACAACGUGGACGACAUUGCCGCAGUCCAAGGUGUCGACGUAGUUCUAGUCGGAUCCAAUGAUUUAGCCAUAGAGUUGGGGAUCCCUGGGGAGUUCCGCCACGAGACUUUUCGUCGUGCCCUCACUCGCAUUAGUGAAGCGUGCAAGAAACAUGGCAAGAUCAUGGGCCUCGCAGGUAUCUAUGAUCAACCAGACAUCCAUGACUGGGCCAUUCACACGCUGGGUGUGCGAUUCUUGCUAUGUCAGCAGGAUUCGGGCUUGAUCGCUGGAGGUGCAGCGAAAUGCAUGGCUGCUGUCGAGGCUGUUGAGCGUGGUUCUGCCUCACAGCCCGUCAAUAUGACAAAUGGAUUCAAUGGGACAGUUGGGAAGAUAUAG